AUGUCUUCCUGCAUUGCCAUAGAGAAAAUAAAAUAUUUCUUUUCUGUGGAAGCAUUGGAUUCUCGUAUAACUCCAGAGACUGAUUUAAGGAAGCGUCAAAAAUUGCUAUCUUCAAACGGCAAUGCCAAUAAUACGAACAGUAGCACUAAUGACAAGGAUCUAAACAGUACCAAUAAUAACACUGCGUCCUCAAGUUCGUUAUGGAGAACAUGGGAAUUUAAAUUCUACUAUGUGGCAUUUCUAAUUGUCGUCCCAUUGAUGAUCAAGACUGCAAUGGAUGCAAGUAAUGAAACAAAUCCAAAUUAUUAUAAAUUCGAAAGAUUAUUAUCCAACGGUUGGUUAUUUAAUAGAAAAGUGGACAAUAGCGAUGCUCAAUAUAGAUUCUUUAGAGAUAAUUUCCUUCUUUUGACUACAUUAAUGAUUGCUCAUCUUCUAAUUAAAAAAUAUACUAUGCAAUUUUUGAAUAUUACUAAAUUAAGAUUCGACUGCUUUUUUGGGUUGAUAUUCUUAUUUGCUGCCCAUGGUGUUAAUUCUUUAAGAAUAUUGACUCAUAUGACUGUUUUAUUUAGUAUUGUUCAUGUGUUUAAAAGAAAUCGUCGUUUAGCAACUGCCUUAACGUGGACUUAUGGUAUUGCCGCUCUUUUCAUUAAUGAUAAAUAUAGAACAUAUGCAUUUGGGAAUAUUCUGUCUAUUUUAUCUCCACUAGAUAAUGGGUAUAAAGGUAUUAUCCCAAGGUGGGAUGUUUUCUUCAACUUCACUUUAUUGAGAAUGAUAAGUUAUAACAUGGAUUUCUUAGAAAGAUGGACUAAACAAUUAAGUAUAUCACCUGCAUCUUCGUCAUCUUCCAUGGCUGACCCUCAAGAUUCAUCGGAACCAAUGUUCAGAAAAUCUUCAUCGAGAUCAAUCUUAGAACCUAUUGAAGAAUCAGGGAAAUAUCAAAUAUUAAAUGAAAGAGCUAGAUUAACUGCUCCACAUCAUUUACAAGAUUAUAAUAUUUUCAAUUACAUUGCAUACAUUACCUAUACACCAUUAUUUAUUGCUGGUCCAAUCAUUACUUUUAAUGAUUACAUUUAUCAAACUCAACAUACAUUACCAUCUAUCAAUAGGAACAGAAUCAUCAUCUAUACUGCAAGAUUCGUAUUAUGUCUUCUUACUAUGGAAUUCAUUUUACAUUUUGCAUAUGUAGUGGCAGUAUCCAAGACUAAAGCGUGGGAUGAUGAUACACCAUUCCAAAUUUCUAUGAUUGGUCUAGUGAAUUUGAACAUUAUUUGGUUAAAAUUAUUAAUCCCAUGGAGAUUAUUUAGAUUAUGGGCUUUAUUGGAUGGAAUUGAUACUCCUGAAAACAUGAUCAGAUUAGUUGAUAACAAUUAUAGUACAUUAGCGUUCUGGAGAGCUUGGCAUAGAAGUUAUAAUAAAUGGGUUGUUCGUUAUAUUUAUAUCCCAUUAGGUGGAUCACAUAAUAGAAUACUAACCUCUUUAGCGGUAUUUUCCUUUGUAGCAAUUUGGCAUGAUAUUCAAUUGAAAUUAUUGUUAUGGGGGUGGUUGAUUGUUUUGUUUUUAUUACCUGAGAUUAUCGCUACACAAUAUUUCGCAAUAUAUAGAAAUAAAUGGUGGUUUAGACUAUCCCUGUGUGCCUUGGGAGGUGUCAUUAAUAUAUGGAUGAUGAUGAUUGCUAAUAUAUUUGGAUUUUGUUUAGGUCCAGAUGGUACUAAAGCUUUAUUGAAGGAUAUAUUUAGCACAUUCUCAGGUUUCGUUUUCUUUAUAGUGGCUAGCGGUUGUAUAUUUAUCGCUGUUCAAGUUAUGUUCGAAUAUAGAGAAGAAGAGAAAAGACGUGGUAUCAACUUGAAGUGUUAA